AUGUUAUUAUAACUGUCAACAUUCAUGUGUACAUUGUUAUCUAGGUAAAUGUUUGCAAUGUUUACAAGGCUAUUUAUUGAAAGAAUAAAGAAACUUUUCCAUAUGAACUAUCUAUAAAAUUAAUAUGACUAUCAGAAUUUAGCUUCAGUAAUUACUCAAACAUAAUUAUUCUUUUAAUAAAAUAGUUUUCUCUCAACCAUUAGCCUCUAAUCAUUUGGAUUAUAGAGCAUUUAAAAUAUGGAGUAAAUCAAAUAAAUAUAUUUUACAUAUUUUUAAAACUCACUUUAAAUUGAUCAAUAAAUUGACUAUUUUGAUGAAAAAGGCCAUUGUAUGAUUCACUAUUUGAAAUAGAAAGAAAAUACUAUUAUCUACGCAAAUUGUUUUGAAAGUGAAAUUGAAUGUUAAUAAAUGUGUGUAUCAUGCACAAUUUUAUAAUGUUAACUUAUCCUAAAAGAUAAAUUAGAAUAGGCCUGUAUUCAAAUUUGUGGAGAUGGUAUUUUAGCUAAAAAUGAGGAAUGUGAUACUCAAGUUUAAAAUAACUUAGGAACCUGCGCAAAUUGUAAAUAGAACUGCCCUACUAAUUGCUAGUUUUGUAAAUUAGGAAUUUGCAUUAAUUGCUAAAUAGGAUAUUAAUUAGAUCUAAUUAAUAAUUCAUGUAAUUCUAUUUGUGGUGAUCAACUCAUAACACUUUCAGAAACAUGUGAUGAUGGAAACAAUAUUAUUUAUGAUGGUUGUCAUAAUUGUUAAUUUUAAUGUCAAGAAAUAUGCAGUAAUUGUCAUUAUGGAAAUGCUUUUCAUGUCUAUAAAUCUACUUUUAUGAUUAAUAAAUAGGAAAAUGCAGUGAUAAGAAAUAAUGUAAUGAAGAAAAAGGAUUAUAUUAUGAUGAACAUGAAAAUAUAUGCUUUACAAAGUGCGGAGAUCACAUUAAAGCUAGUAAUGAAUAGUGUGAUGAUGGAAAUGAAUAGGCUAAUGAUGGAUGUGAUUAAUGCUAAUCGAAUAUAAGGUUAAUGCAUCUAGUGUGUAGAAGGAUACAAUAUUUAAAACUAGAUUUGUGUUAGAACAUGUGGCGAUGGGAGAGUUCUUGAAUCUGAAAUGUGUGAUAAUGGAAAUGAUAACUCAAGAGAUGGUUGCACUCAGUGUAUUAUAGAUAUUGGCUUUUAAUGUAUAGUAGUAGAACAAAAGAGUUUUUGUUUCCUUUGCCAUGUGAAUUGUGCAAAUUGUAUUAAUAUCAAGGGCGAUAUUAAAUGUUCUUCAUAUCAAAAGGGUUAUUUUUUACAUGAUAAUGAGUGUCAUCAAUGCUCUGAGUAAUGCGAGGAUUGUGAAAGGUCCCCGAAUAAGUGUACAUAAUGUAAAAUUGAUAAAUGUCAAAGGUGUCAUAAUUAGUUAGGAUUAUAUGCUGAUUACAAUAUAAGAAAAUGUGUAACUUAAUGUGGAGAUCACAUUAAAGCAGGAUAUGAAUAGUGUGAUGAUGGUAAUAAAUUAGAUUAAGAUGCCUGCAAUUCUUUUUGUUAAAUUGAGAAGGGCUCUGAAUGCACGAGUAAUUUUUGUAAAAAGAUUCCUGAAAAAUAAGUAGAAGUUACCUUUUCUAAUUCAAGCACUACUAAUAAUCUAGAAUUAAAAAGUGAGAUUGAUUUAUUAACACUUUGCACAUUAAUCUAAAUCAAAAUUGUUUCUUUUAAAUGCAUGAGUUUAAUCAUACUUUAACUCCAUUUUUAAUAGAUUAAACAUCCUCUUAUGCAUGCUAAGUUGACUUUUAGUUCGAUAAAACUAUUACAGAAAUCAACCUGA